AUGCGAAGAAUCCAUCUCCUAUUUGCGGCCUUUACACAGAAAGAACUGGAGCACACGAUUCUUCUGCACCCGUCCUACUUCGGCCCGCGAAUGCUGCAGUACCUCGAGUCCAAGCUUCACGCCGACGUUGAAGGCACUUGCUCCGGAAAAUAUGGCUAUAUCAUCUCGGUCGUGACGUUGAUGGACAUCGGGCGAGGGACUAUAUUGCCGGGGAGCGGCCAGGCGGAGUUCGUGGCGCGGUAUCGUGCUAUCGUGUUCAAGCCGUUCAAGGGCGAGGUGGUAGACGGCAUCGUCAACAACGUGAACAAGAUGGGCUUCUUCUGCGAAGUCGGGCCGGUGACAUGUUUCGUGUCGCAGCAGCUCAUCCAUCCAGACAUGAAGUUCGAUCCCAGCUCAAACACACCAUCUUUCGCGUCAGAAGAUCAGGCAUGCACUACACUCCCCGCCGUCAUAGAAAAGGGCACACACGUCCGGCUAAAGAUCGUCGGUACUCGAGUGGACGCUACCGAAAUCUUCGCGAUCGGAACAAUAAAAGAGGAUCACCUCGGUGUUAUCGAUUGA